CGCAACAGCCGCUAGCGCUCAGCUGCUCGGUGCUUAUUAAGUAUUUUUUUUUUCUGUGACCACAACAGUCAGGUGACUUGAAAAAAUAAGAAAAUUCAAAUUGAAUUAGAAUGGGAACCGGCAAGAAGAACUACCAGGCACCGGAGUGGCUCACCGCGGAGUUUCUGCAAGAUGUGCUGAAGGAGCACUUUAAAGAGGAAUCGCUCACCGUCACCGAUUUGCUGGUGAAGAGCGCCCAGGUGGGCGAUGUGGUGGCGGGCUUUGCCAGCGAAAUGCAUCGCGCCUGCUUCAAUAUGCAGCGUGGCAAUGUGAAGAGCAAGUUCUCCGUCUUCGUCAAGGACCACCCGAAGGGCCAGACGGGCGCCAUCGCGCUGCGCAGCAAGCUCUUCAAGCGCGAAAUACUGACCUAUAAGGAAGUGUUGCCUCGCGUGCAAGCGCUGCUCGAAUCGAUUGGCGACAAGACGCAAAUAGCACCCGCCUGCUACUACACGACCGAGACUCCGGAGCCGUUCCUCAUCUUGGAGGAUAUGCAGCUGAGUGGAUUUGAGAACUUUGAGCGGGGGCGACUGCUCAACCUGGACUACGUGCUGCCCAGCGUGGAGAAACUGGCCAAGUUGCACGCCUGCAGCGCUGUUAUAGCCAAGCAGAGUCCCGAGGUAUUGCAGUUCUUCGACGAGGCGCCCAUUUCCCGCAAUCCGGAUCGUCGCGAUUUCCUCAGCUUCUUUCCGGUGAACAUACGCUGCGUGGCUGAGGAAAUCGCCCACUGGAAGGGCUACGAAGAGAUCACCGAGAAGAUGUUCAAGCUGGCCGAAAAUGUGCUCCAGAGCGCCGUCCGCAUGUACGAUGAGCAAGACAAGGGGUUCAAAGUGUUCAACAUGGCGGAUAUAUGGAUCAACAAUCUUAUGUUUCAUAUCAACAAUGAAACCAAGGAGCCCGAUAAUGUUGUUGCAGUCGAUUUCCAGCUGGCCUAUGUGGGAUCCCCUGCUGUCGAUCUGAACUAUUUUCUCUAUGGCUCUCUCAAUGAGAAUGUGCGCAAGGUGCACUUCAAGUAUAUAAUACACGAAUAUCAACGUGUACUACGGGAAACACUGGAGAAGCUCAAGUACGACGGGCACAUUCCAACACUUAAAGAGAUACACAUUGAGCUAAUUAAUAAUAGCCUGAUUGGUGUCAUUGCUGCCACUUGUCUUACACCUCUAAUAUUCAGGGAAGAUGGCGGAUUUGAAAAUCUGGAGGAUUUGAAUUCACGCACCGAGAUUGGAGAUAAUUUCCGACGCGAGAACGUUGAGAAUCCCAAGUAUCGCGCGUUCUUACAACGCACAGUCAAGGAGUUUGAGUUAAACGGUUUUUUGGAUACGUCACUCUCUUCAAUACAUUAGCAAUUGUGAACAGAGCUUCCAGUAGUCUACAUUGUGUACAAAAUAGUAUUUAAUAAUAUCAAGAUGUAUUUACUACCCACACAUACAGUA